AGACCAACCCGCCGUCUAAGACUUCACGGUUCGCCUUCACGCCAGCUGACUAUAGUUGUCGCCAUUGCGCCGAACGCUUGCUGUGCGUCUGCACACCCCACGCCGUUCGCUCUCCCACACCGACUUCUUCUUCACCGCGAGGCUGCGCACCACGCGCAAAACACCCCGACACCAUGAGUCGCUACGGAAAGUUUGACGAUUUUUGCCGGGACAGCGGAAACAACUGGAGCACGUUACCAGUUUGCUAUCUCUUCAAUCAAGCCUCGACAAAAACAAACGCCGGAUGGGGAGGCUGCACGCUGCGAGGCUUCCCCGUCGGUGGAGGCGACAGGCUGCACAACCUAGGCUCAAUAAUAAUAUGUGCUAUCGCUGUCUUAUCCACGCUGUUCCUGCUAUGGAGGACAGAACGGAAGAAGGCUGCUGUAGGAAGAAGAGAAAUGCAGCUCUUCCUCCUCGGCUACAUCAUCAUCUCCAUCUGCGAGAUCUUCACCAUUGGCGGAUUCCCCCUCAAUAGUACCGUGCGCAUUGUAUUCGUUGCGAUCCACAUUGCUGCCAUCACUGCUACCUCAUGGAUGCUCAUGCUCAAUGGCGCCGUAGGCUACCAACUACUCGACGACGGCACUGCAGUGUCCGUCGGUCUCCUUCUAGGCUCGUCGGCCAUCAUCUUCGUCGGUACCGGCUACAUCGCCCUUGACACUGGGCUGGAAUGGACAAACUUCUGGGGCACCAGUCGUUCCCUACCAAACCAGGCCUAUGCGCUAUAUACUCUCUACCAGCUCAUCCCGCUGCUCUUCAUUGUUAUCUUCUUCCUUCUGGAAGCCUUCCUGGUGCUUCGCAUCCUUGGCGAGCGCAAACCAAUGCUAUACCUCCUCGUCGCAGCGAUUCUGUUCGCUAUUGGCCAAAUCUUCCAAUAUGUAAUCAGCGUCCACAUUUGCACUGGCACCGAUGGCAAAAUCAACGGAGGACUAUUCUCAACCCUCUUUACAUUACUAUCAGUAUCCAUGAUCUGGGUAUUCUGGUCGAGCAUCACCGAAGACGACUGGCCAAUGCCAACUGUAGCUGGCUCUGGCGCGUAUAAUUAGAGGGGUGGGAAAGUGUUUAGGCUGUAAGCCGACGGCGUAAUGUUUUUAUGAUGGCUUUUCAGGCAUAGCGUAUACCAUUGGAGCUCUUUGGACGCAGUUAAUGCGUCAUGCCGGCUUGUGCUACGAUACAAUUAAUGUUUUGCUAAU